GGUGGUGACGCCUCUUGGUGUCGGUGAAGCAAAGCAAAGGUUAGCGGAAAAAAGGAGAGAGAAAAAAAACUUGUUCCAAAAUGGCGACGAAGAUCUGCCUGUCCAUUGGAAAACAAUAGAAAUAGCAAAGAGAGGCGGUUUGAUUGUUGGUUGUCGCAAUUACUUUUUUUUGUUUUGCAGUCGACCUAACUGAUUCGGGGUCGGGUUGUGUGUGUUCUAUAUGGACUACUUGUGAGAAUUAUUUUGAAUGUAGUCUGGGUAUCAUGCUUUUGUUAUAGUUAGCAAGCUAUCAAGCUAGCUACAUCCGUAUCUUGUUGCAGUGUAUGCUAGCUAUCAAGUCACAUUACUGCGAUCUACGCCGAGGAUCAGCUGUUAGCCAGGGAGAACAUAGGCAACAUUACUUUAGCUAGCUAGUUGCAACGUACUACUUUUGUUAUUAGCGAGUUAACGUUCUUAGUGUUUUAUAUGUUGACGGUAAUCGGUAACUUGACGUUUUAUCCUGCCUAGUUAGCAGAAGUUAUAUUCUAGAUAAAUUUAGCUUACUAGCAUAAAAGAACUGAGCGUCACUUGCUUUAGCUAACUUUCACCAUGAGACAGGAGUGUUUGUUGUAGACAAAGUUAGCUUUAGCCAGCAAGCUAACCAGCUCCGUGAAGUUGGGUAAGUAACGUUAGUCAGCGAGAUUUCAAUACAUUUAUAGUUUACUAAUGUAAACCAGUGCAAUGUUAUGUUUGUUCUCCCGAAUAUAGUCCCGUUUAGCUAGUUAGAAGCUAACGUGCAAGUUAAAGGUUUUUCUUACUCGAACUUUGGAUAUGUUUGACCAGAGGAAUGUUAUGGAGACCCAUUGAUUGAAUACUAUAGCCUUUUAGUAAGCAACUACAUACUGUAACGUUCGUUAGCAACAUCUAACGAGGCACGUUAUUCGUUCAACUCAUAUAAUACUUAUUUUCUUUCAAAUGAAUUGAGCUCGCCUAUUUCAUAUACAUUACUUUGUUUCAACUUUUUUUCAUUAAGGGAAAGGGGUGAAUGAGUUUUUCGAAUUUGGCUAGCUAGCCAAUGCUGGGGCCUUUUGCUAGCCAGUUAUUGCAAUACUUUUUUUUCACGAUGCGACAGAUAAGGUGCACUAUAUACUUUGCUAGUUAGCUAGGCCGUUUAGUAAUAUAUCUCAAUCGUAUUUUACGCCUGUUUUCUUCUGGCUCGUGAGACUAAAUGCCAACAUUAGCAAGCCAAAGGUAGACUCUAUGGAAGCACUAACGUUAGUUGAUUCUCAAAGGUAGUGGGUAUAAACGCCCACAACUAAAAAGGAACACAUUAAGCAUUUUAUCCGGACUGUCGAAACCCGAGUCCAGAGUUUAAAAACACUCUUUAUUGAUGAUGGCGGAUUUUGUAGUGCCGCGACACAGUGCGGUGAUGGAGCGACUCCGCCGUCGAAUCGAGCUCUUCAGGAGGCAUCACACCAGCUGCGAGAACCGCUACGACAGCACAGCUAUGGAGCGGCUGGAGAUGGAACGGCAGCAGACCUUUGCACUGCACCAACGGUGCCUGCAAACCAAGGCCAAACGGUCGAGUAAGCACCGCCAGCCACAGCCAACCUCAGACCAGUCGGCGCAGAGAGGGUCAGGGACCGGGGGCAGCAACGCAGACCUAGCGGAGGGUGGAACGCCAGAGUUGAGCAGAAACAGCACUUUGAUUGCGUUGCAGGAGUCGGUGAAGAGGAAGCUGGAGAGCGCCUGCUCCCCUGUUCAAGUCAACGGCUUCAGCGAUGGCUACCCCCCGUCCAAGAAGUCCUGCCUGGACAAUGACCCAUCCAACGGCGGCAUCCCCACGCACUCGCCUCAGGACUCCAAGCACGGCAUCGGCGCUGACUCGCUCCUACCCAACGGGACCCACCGGCCUGGUGGUGAGCCCGGUGGGGACUCCUCGGGGGAGCAGGAGUUCUUGCUCAAAGAGAUGAAGCAGGAGCCCAUGGAUGACAUCUUGCCCUGCAUGCUGCCGUCAGGGGGCGGAGCCAGCAACAGCCUCUUCCCUGACCUCAACCUCAACGAGCAGGAGUGGAUGGAGCUCAUGGAGGAGCUCAACCGCUCUGUGGCCUAUGAGGACAUCCAGGACAUCCUCAACGAUGGCUUCGAGGAUCGCAAGGACUCCCCUGAGCUGGCCGGACCCACCCCAGGGACAUGUGCACAGUCUGGGGGAGCAACGCAGGGAGGGGGAACCUCACAGGGAGGCCUCCUGCCUCCAGACCUGGCCAGCAUUAAGACUGAGUUCUCCCCGGCCUCCGCUGCUUUCGAGCAAGACUCUGGCACCGGCUCGCCGCAUGUUAGGCCAACGUCAUCGGGGCCGCCCAUGCAGCGCUCACCGGCAGCGGCUACCACCACUGCCUCCUCCCCGGCCCUGUCCCAACCCCUCAGCCAGCAGCCUCCCCCAUCCAGGCAACUCCCUCCCCAGAACCACCACCUCCCCCCGGGGCCCGUCUCCAAAGACCUGUCCCCUGCCCAGCAGCUCCAACAGCUAGCCGCACAUCAACAGAGAGCCCAGCAGAUGCAAUCCCAGCUUCAACAGCAGCAACACGCUCAGAAACCGCAGCAAAUCCAAAAACAGCAACAACCGCAGCAAGCACCCAAAUUCCACACAACUGGAUCCCACCCUCAGUCUUGGCCCCCCCAGUCGGCCCCGUCUCGAAGCCCCCUAGGGGGCUCCUACGGCCUGGAGAAGCCCACCAGCCCCUCCCUAUACCCCCAGGACUUCCCCAACAAGCCCCAGCUGAUGAUACCCGUACAGCCCAACAAGGGCUCACCCAAAGCUGCAGCCGGCGGGUACCUGCAGCCCGGGGGCCCCCACCCCAACAUGCUUGGCCACCCUGUCGCAGUACCAGGUGCCCUGCUCAGCCACCCUGCAGCGGCAGGCCCUGGGGGCCCGGGCUCUGCCAUGCUCAACUACAGCAACACCAAGCCCCUGUCCCACUACGAGGCGGCGACCCAGGGGCCACCACGGGGCCCUCCUAGUGCCCAGAGCCAGAAUAAGGCGGUGAUGCUAUCGCUUCUCAGGCAGCAGCAGCAGAUGAAGCAGAAGCAAGGCCUGCCCUUCAGACCACACCUACCCCACAGCCAGCAGGAGCAGAACCCAUACCCCACCACAACGCACGGCCCUGGACCCGGCAACGCAAUGGCGCCCCAGCCGGGGGGGCCCGGUAACGGCCUGGCAAGUAACCAUGGCAACACAGCCUACCUGUCAGGGCAGGCAGCGGUGGCGGCGGCGCUGAAGCAGCAGCAGCAGCUGAUGGAGCAGCAGAAACAGUUUCUACUGGGCCAGAGGCAGCAGCAGAUCAUGGCCCAACAGGAGAAGCAGCGUCUGCAGCAGGAGCAGCAGCUCCAGAGGCACCUGACCCGGCCCCCUCCCCAGUACCAGGACCAACAGAACCAGCAACCUGGAGCACAGAACCCCUUCCAGCAGCAGCAGGUUGCCCAGUUUACAGGCUCUUCUCAGCCAAUGGUCAACGUUGGCUCGCUGGGGGGCCCCGCCCCCGUAGCUCAGCGAAUGUUCCCCCAGACACAAGGCAUGAUGGGCAUGACCAUGGGCCAACAGGGAGGUGGUGGCCCCACACCUGGUGCCCUCCCUGCUGCCAGCCAGGCCGACAUGAGCCUCUCCUCUUGCGGGGGCGUUAUGGACUCUGCCUUACAGCAGCAGGUACUCUACAGUAACAUGAACAUGCACCCCUCCCAGCAAAGUUCAAUGCAGAGGCAGCCCGUAGGCAACAUGGGCGCCUCCUACAGACAGAACAUGCUCGCCCAGCAGCAGCACCUCAAAAACCAACCCAACGCCGCCCUGCUGAAACAGCAGCAGCAGUUAGCCAGACUACCCAGCUCCAUGCCCAGUGGCAACAUGCCCAACACCAUGCAGAGUGCCCAGAGCCAAGCCUGGCAGCAGCACCAGGUCAUGCAGCAAGCCAUGGGUGCCCAGCAAACUCCUUCCAGCAACGGCGGUCUCGCGCCCAAUUCCUUUGUCAACUCCAAUGCCUUCCACAUGCAGCAGCAGACCCGCAUGCCCAACAAGAUGCCUGUUGGCAACACCCCCUUCGGCGCCAAUGCCAACGGCAGGCCCAUGGCCGCCAUGAACCCUGCCCAGCAACAGAUGAUGCAGCAGGCCCAGCAAAGGACUGCAGCCAACCCCCAAGUUUCCCUUGAGCAGCCCUUAGGGCAAGUCUUACCCAAUCAGCAACAGACUCAGCAACAGCAGGGUUCCCAAGGCCAAGGGGUGUUACCGGACCUGGGGGCCUUCAGUCAGCCGCAGGGGGGGCGUUCGGUCAGCCAGGGGCUCCAGUGCAGCCAGCAGGGCUACCAGAUCAACAGAACUGCCAACCAACAGCAGCAGCAGUUGCCGUUUGGCUACAACACUGGAUCAGGGGCUAGCAGUCUGCCCAGCUUCCCUGGGGAGGGUGACCUGGUGGAUUCUCUGCUGAAAGGACAGAGCACGCAGGAGUGGAUGGAUGAUCUGGAUGAGAUCGUUCACCUUUUCCGGUCAGUAGAUUAAGACUGAAAGGACAAAGAGCCACUAAAGACAAUUGGGACUUCAGGCGACAAGUUGAGGGAGUGAAAGUUGGUGUAUUAGUUCCAAGCCAAUUGCCAAUGAAAUGCAGGAACAGCGAGGGUUAGUAAUGGAAUUCUGUUACUGUUCUGACACUGCUAGGAGACUGUAAUUCUCAGUAUUUUGUGUACUGUGAAUAUACAGUACACAAGUUGUAUAUAAUGUUAAGAGAAUUAAUGAUGGUGCGCAGGGCCAAAACCUGUGUGAUUCCUAUUGGAGUAUUUUUUUUAUUUUUAUUAUUAUUAUUUUUUUCUCCCAGGACUCGAAGACGUAUAGAGUACUCUUCUUCUACUACUACUAUUACUACUACUACUACUACUACUACUACUACUACUACUACUACUACUACUACUACUACUACUACUGAACCUGUGGCUCAGUACUAAACCACUGACUCAAGGGUGAACCGAAUACUCCACACACAUAUACACACACAGCCUCUUCUACUUUGUUUGAAGUUGCAGCCUUCAAUGCAAAUACAUGCUCGGUGUAGCAGAGGUGAGCAAGUAAUACAUUCCCCCCUAUGUAAAAGGUUUGUGGUAAUACACAAGAGUUUUUGUUCACGGUCUGCUCAUAAAUAGACCUGUGCCAUUUCUCCUCUACUCUCAAACCAAUGACUAGGUGAGCUAAAGAAACUCAACUGUGGUGGCCAUAUUUGUUUGGUUAGCCAGUGUCCGUUUGUUGCUGAGUGGGGACCCAUAUGUUGAACUGUCUGAAGUCUUUGAUUUGGAGACCAGACUGUUUCUCUGUUUUGGAGUUGUGCAAUUACCCCCAAUGUAGGUAGGUAGGUUUCAAAUGUAAAGUGACAAAUGGGGACCUUGUCCCCACAUCUCACACAUACACUUUUGAGUGAUUCUUGUAUCAUGUUUCUAAAAUGGUCUCCCUUUAGGUUCCUUACCAUGUUUGACCAGUUUACACACUAAAAUCAUCGUCUUUAUUAAACAUCCAGCCCACUGUAAUUUCAAUAACCAAGCUAAAAGAGAAGAUAAUGUACAGAUUUGUCUUUAGUCAUGCAGCUUUUAUUUUAUGUUAGUGGAAAUCAUUGCCUUAAGACACAUUGCAGCCAUUAUUUUUUGCCAUAACCUUGAUUGACAAAUGCAGCCUCUUGAGUUGGGAUAUUAGAUUUUUUUUAAAUUCCAUCCUUGUUUGUGUCAGGGGAUACUUGUAAAUUUGUAUAUUUUUUUGUAUGCAUUUCCUAUUGUUUUUGCCGAAGAUAUAGCUUAUUUUUAUAUGUAUAUUGCAGCUGAUUUUUGUAAGUAUUUUAUACUUUUAAUAUGGUUCUCUGUAAAACAAGAGUAUUAUGUGAAUAUAGUUCUUUAGAAACAGA